UGCAUUUUCAUCAAGUCCAUUUUAUGAGCUCGGUAUAUCUUUUAGACGAAUACCAGGAUUAGGUCACCCUCCAUGCUAUCGCGUUUCAUCUGUGGAUUUAUGCUGUAGGCUUAUUGAUGAAAUUCCUCCUGGCCGAACCCUAUUCUAGGGGUACAUUUCUCGUGCAUUUAGUCGUUCUUCCCCCUGGCCGGCAAGGAUUACUGGUUCGGUUGUAUUUUUCAUCCCGGGGUUCCGGGCGUGACGCGAGAUUCAAACGUAGCACUAUCCCUGGCUGCCAAAUCCCUGUCGGAACUACCCGCGGUGUAGCUAUCAAUGCCCGUCUCAGGGCCUUAAAGCUGAAUAAGGCUCAUGGGUGGCUAUUGAUGGGUGGCUUAGCUAUUCUACACACUGUAGAUGCGUUCACUAUUGUUGCCUUGGAAGUCAUCACUUCUUCGACGCCGUGUCUUAUCCGACACCUAUACGAGGAUAGGCUGGGAAUGAUACUCCUUGUUUUAAGUAGUAGCCACCAAUAGCUUCUACGGCUACUUGCGAUAGAGGCAGGCGCGUCAUGCGGGAAAGUCUCCUAAUACUUGCAGUACAACAU